CGCCUACCGACGACGACCGGCACAUCCUCUGGUCAUCAGUUGAUACGUGCCAGCAUUGUGCACCCUUCUCUUCCCGGCAGCAUCACCUCUGCGCUUUCUGGCGUCGCCUUGACUUGUAUCUUCCCUGCAAGUCAACCUCUUCCACCAACAUCUUCACGAAAGAAAACCGACCACCAUCAACCAAAACGGCUUCUGACCUGCUCGACCAAAUUCCGAGCAAUCCCAGCCAGGCGGGAAUGCCAUACCAAUUAGACACACACGUGCUGACAGUCGACGCAAACGUGCUCCACAAGGUUGAUACCGCAAACCCAGCAAACCUUUAUAGCAUGUGGACUGUCUUCUCUCGCUGCGCUGAAUCUUUACCCCAGGGGCGGAGACUCGAGAACCUUAGCUGGCGUCUUUGGCAAAAGGAACAGCUUUUGGAGAAGGAGCAAGAAGAAGCUCUGGCCGCCGCAAACGCAAACACUAGCACAGCCACUCCCACCUCUUCAAUACCUCAGGCGAUCCCCCAGGACGCUCGCCUGAACGACCUCCCCCAACUUUCGGGCAGUGUCGAAUCUAUUGCCGACGACGAAGCCGUCGAGUUCACAUCGGUGUCGGCACCAAUCGAUCUCGCCCGUCCCGUCAUCAAGCGCGAGGACUCGUCCACCAGCCACCGCAGUAGGCGCGAUCGCCGCACAAGCUCCGACGAUUUCGAAAAGAUGAUCAUCUCCAUCGUCAAGGACAAGACCCCUCUGUCGGCACCAUCGCAGCAUUCGUGCGAGAUCAAGUCGGCGCUGCCGGCUACGCAGAUGAUGAUGCAGCGAUCGGGGUCGACCACUACCGAGUCCCAAUCGCCGUCCAAGAGUUCGGAUCUCCACUCUGAAGAGUCCCACCCCUCACCCGACAUGCAGCCACGCACCGUCGUUCGCGGUUUCUCCCCUUCCCAACAAUUCAUCCCUCAAUCGCCCCGAGCAUCUUCCAUCCAUCAGCACAAGCUCAAUUCCGCUGCCGACGCGCCCACCUCAUCACCGGCAGCCAACAUGCUGACUGGUGCUGGCAAGCCCAAGGCCGCUUUCGCACUUGGUGGAGCGUCGUAUUCCUCCAGCGAAGCGGGGCAGAGCGUCGAGUCCCGGCAACCCGCGCCGGCCACCGUUGCCUUCAAGAAGACCGCCGCUUUCAAGCUGGGCGGAUCAUCCGAGGAUGAUGACUCUGGCUCGCUCAAGAGCGCUCUGGCCAGGCAGAAGCGCAACCCGAGCCUCGCGUCGCACAAGAAGCAGGCGUCCUUCAGCAACCACGUUACGACUCUGGGGCCCGCCUACAACGACCAGUACGACAAUGCCAUCGCCGACAGCGACGACUCUGAGGGCGAGUACGACGAAGAGGACUCGGAAGCCGACUGGGAGGAUUCUGUCGAGGAUAGUGGCAAGUCCAGCGUCGAUGACAUCUCCUUCCAGCGCGUCGACUCCAAGAUCCACCUUCCCUCGACUCGUUCCCUCCUUGCAUUGAAGCUAGCCGAGCAGGACACCCGUGCAGCCAAGAUUGGCGGCUACGGUUCGCAGUCCACCUCGGCCCUGCACCAAGGGCGGCGCGAGUCGAGUCUGUCAAGGUCGCCUAACGACUCUGACGACGCUCCCUUGACCAUGCGCAGUGGGCGCCAGCAGCUGCAGCCCAUCAAGGAGGCCCCUCGCUCGGGCAUUGCCAUGGGCUUGGCCCAGGGCGUUGACAACCCGACGACGAUCAAGCGCAACAUGUUGUCGCGCGAGCUGCCCGACCACCUUCGCCGCGACAUUGUUCACGCUCGCAGGCAGCUCAACUCGACCGCCGAGGCUGCCCAGAAUUUCCGCGAGAACAUCAACAACACGUCGCUCAAACGCCACCACACCUCGCACGACCUCCCCAAUCUCAAGGCCUAUCCCGAUGUAGCUUCAGCCAGCAAUCUGAAGUUUACUGACGAUUUCGCCCCACGGGAGCUCGGCUACAACGAGCGUGGUUGGUGAACCUAGAUACACCCCGAGGUGCAAGCCUCUAGAACGGGUCGAUGGUCCAGCCAUCUGGCCUUUUACGAACUUUUCCUUUUUUCUCUACAAGCACGGCGUUGGUCAGGACUCUUUGGUGCCCAGCGAAAGCAUUACAAGGGAACAGUUGGAGACAAGCGCAUCUCCUUAAUUACAUUU